UUCACCUACUUCUUUUGGUUACAAACAAUAAUGGCGUCGCACGGGGAAGAUACAGGUCUCCCCAAGUCUGUUGUUUCUGGGGACCAAAUAGAGAAAAAACCCGCGGCAGUGUCGUUUGGUUUUACUAAAACAGUUAGCAAAUUCAAACCUUCGACUGGAGACGCUGUGGUCAAGAGAGAUGACAGAGAUUACUUGACCGGAAUUGACAGAAAAGAAUUGCAAAGUUCAAAACCAUCCGAGAAGCCCAAAGAGCUCAUCAUCCCUCUGAUCCAGAAGAACCGCUGGCACAGACCCGACCGAGCAGGCCAGAGCGUGGAGUGUAAUGUUAGUGGAGGCAAAACACAAGAAACGACCCAAGCCAAUGACUCUGUGGAGUCACAGGCUGUCAAAGAACUCAUUGAAGACUCCCGGAGGCAGCUUGAGCAGUGGCAGAAUGGCCCUCAGUCAGAAAGCAACCCAAACCUUGCUAUCCCCCUGUUGAUGCAAAACAAAGUACCUGACGGCUUUGAGGAUGGAGAUCAUGUAAAGGUGGAUCUACGUCCUGAAUCUUCGACAGAGGCAGAUUACGAUAGCGUUCCUGUUGAGGCUUAUGGACUCGCUAUGCUUAAAGGGAUGGGCUGGAAUAAAGAGGAAGGCAUCGGACGCACCUUUAAGCAACAUGUGAAGCCAAUCGAACACGAGCUCCGUCCAAAAGGUUUGGGUCUUGGAGCUGAUCGUUCAGCGAUAAAGGACCUGGAGCCCACCAGACAUAAGCGCCCCCCCAAGCCAGGCGACGAGCGAGAGAAGGAGGAGGAACUAGUGAUGGGCCCAGGCGGCUGUGUCUUGGUGGAGUCGGGGGCACAUAAAGACUUGUAUGGCAAGAUUGAAGGCGUUGAUGCAGACAACGCUCGAGUUGUGGUGAAGCUGGCUAUUGGCGGCAGGUCAGCGACAAUCAGCCAGUAUGCUAUUAAACUGGUUGGGCGCCAGGAAUACGACAAAAACAGCAAAGACCUCAGUCGCCUCGGUAAAGCCCACAAAGACAAGGAGAAGGAGAAAGAGCGAGAGAAGGAGCAACAGAGACGGGAGGAGAAAGAGAGGCGUAGUAAUGGCGACGAGGUAAAACCCAGGUCUUCGGAAAGAGAUGGAGGAAAAGAUGAGAGGAAGAGGAAACACAAAGAAUCAAGUCAAGACAGUUUCCUCUGUAGAGAGAGGCCUCCAGUGAAAGAGGCAAGGCGACCACCGCCCCCCCCCUCCUGGCUCCAGAGAGACUUGAAAGUUCGCUUCAUAGACAAAGCUUUCAAAGGGGGCAGGUACUACAACUCAAAGAUGCGUGUAGAGGAUGUCCUGACACCGACUAUCUGUGUGUGUCGAACUGAGGAGGGAAGACUGUUAGAUGAUGUGAAGCAGGGCAUGCUGGAAACCAUUAUUCCAAAAAGUGACUGUGAUUCCAUAAUGGUUGUACUGGGAGAGCACAGAGGACAGGUCGGUCGUAUUCUCCAACGGGACAAGAACAAGUGCAGAGCCAUGGUUCAGCUCGACCGACAUGAUGAGAAAGUGUUCACGCUGGAUUAUGACACCAUUUGUCACUAUGUAGGAGCAGCAGACCACUGAUUCAAAUACCCCCUGUCCUUUUCCAUCCCAUCUGAAAUGUUGUUUUGUGUUAUUCAAAAAUAAUGGAUUUUAAAAGCUUUCAAUUUUGUAAUAAAACAUUGUCAAGAAUUGUA